AUGUCCAAGGAAGAAGCUGUCGAGCACCAUGAGAGCUCCAAGGUCACGACCGCGCACAGCAAGGCCGGCAUCACACUUAUCCCAGCACCCUCCGACGACCCUCGCGAUCCACUGAACUGGUCACGGGGCCGGAAACUUCUCACGCUGUUUAUCGUGUCCUUUGCCGGGUUCACAGGAACGCUGCAGGCCGUGGGCAACGUGUCCAGUGUCUUCCAGCAAGGCGCACUGUACCACAAGACUCCAGUCGAGAUUACAUACUCUGUUGCUGACAAGCCAUUGAUCGUGAAAGGUCUCGGCCGCCACUGCUGGAUUGUGCGCCGGGCCUCUGUUUUGGUCGCCCGUCUCGAGGAGGAUCGGUCGCGGCGGCAGCAUCUUGUGGGCGACGGUCCUCACCCUCGCCUGCACCGUGUGGGCGGCGACGUGCACGGGUUCGGGCGAUUACUACAGCUUCGUGCUGUCGAGGUUGUUUGGCUGUUUGGCGGGAUCCUGCGCGACGACUGUCUACCAAUAAUAUCUAACCGGUUUAAUUUCGCAGUGGGCGCGAGCUACAUCACCGACACGUUCUUCCUGCAUCAGCGAGGGAAAUGCUUUGCUUUCUACAACGUCAUGAUCCUCCUGGGAACCCUCGCAGGCCCGACAUUCUCCGGCUUCGUGGUCGGUAACGGCGCCCCCUGGAGCAUUGAAUACUGGUACAACGUCGGGCUGGAAGGCUUCGUCACCCUGAUGAUCUUGUUCCUCCUCGAAGAAACCGGCUGGACGAGACCUGGGCGGCCAGCGUAUCCCGUUCCUGCGACGUCUUUCUUCCAGCGUUCUGUCGACGUCUAUCUCUUCCGGAACCCCAAUGUCGCUGAAGGGAUGACGAACAGGGAAGCACUCCAUCUGGCGACCAUGCCGAUCCGGAUCGGUGUCCAUCCUGUUGGCAUCCUGGGCGGGUUGUUCUUGAUGAUUGUUUUUGGCUGGAGCGUCGGUGUCAAUAACCUGCUCGCCGUCUUCUUACAGUCGCCCGUGAGCGAAAAGGGCUAUGGCUUCACGCCGAACCAGAACGCAGAAUUCACCUUUGCAGCCUGGUUCGGCUGUAUCACGGGCCAACUCUACGGGCUCGCCUUCAACGACCGACUCCCUCUCUGGAUCUGCCGCCGGACCGGGGGCGUGUGGAAGCCCGAGUUCCGACUGCACGCUUUGUGGUUCCCGACGUUCCUCUGCCUGAACGUCGGGCUGGGCCUCUUCGGCGCCGCACUGCAGUACCACCUGCACUACAUGGUCGCCGCGGUGGGGAAUUUCCUGCUGAACUUCUCCUCCAACGUCGCCGUGCCCGUCAUCGUCAACUACGAAGUCGAGUGCUUCACAAAGUACCCUGUCGAGGCCGCCACCAUCAUGAACUUCUACCGCACGAUCUUUGGGAUUGCCAUCCCCUUCUUCAUCGACGGCUGGGAGGCCCGCGUCGGCGUCGGCUGGGUCUUUGGCAUGAUGGCCUUUGUCUCCGUCGCAGCGUUUGGGCUGAUCAUCGUCCUCAUGGUAGCGGGACAUCGCGUCCGGCACUGGUUUCACACGGAUAUCCUGUCGAGUGAGGAGGGGACGAAGAUUAUUGGCGAAGAGGUCAAUCGUCUGGACGUGGAGGCUCAUUGA